AUGGAAAAUUUAGAUCAAAAACAACAUCUUAUUAAUGUAUCACCAUUUUUAGAUGAAAAUAAGAGAGCCGUUCACCUUGCUAUUGACAUAUUUUUAUCACUUAAUAGUUACUUACUAGAUGCAGAUGAAGCUUUUGUUACUAAAAUUAUACUAGAAGUAGCAAUAGGUAACGUUAAUAUAGAUAGGCUAGAAUGUUAG